AUGUCUGUUGAGCACAAUCGCGAUUGGUCGACCUUGCUGCCAGCUGAGAAACCGAACGGAGAAAUCGACCAGGCAUUCCAGCUGCCAGAGAUUGAGUGUUUCACGCUGUACCGGUUUCCCUGUAUUCUUAAACACCCUUCCGACUAUGAAACCUGGCGCAGUGAUAUCUAUCACACGCUGAAGAUGCACAAGCUCCAUCGCCUCAUUGACCAUAGCAUUGUUCGUCCCUACAAGGACUCACCCAAUGCUAGGAGAUGGCAACAGAUGUCGAUAGAGGUUCGCAAAUGGAUCGCGUGGAACAUGAAUCCAAUCCUCGUGCGCAUGAUCGUGAAGGAACAACCUCGGGCUCAACUUGCAGACGAGUUCAUGAAGGGCGCGGAUAUGAUUCUUCGGCGGUUCAACCGCAGUCCUCCCCAGGACCCCGCGGAAGUCUCCGAUGUUCUGUUCAAGUUCACUGGGUGCCAGCGAAGCCAGUAUUCCAGUGCCCGGUGGUUUGUUCACCGUCUUAUGGAGUAUUACACUCACACCUUGAAUAUGAAAUUGAGAAUUCCACCAUUCGUCCCCCUGUUGAUUUUGUUGUCGCAAAUCGAGGGCGAUGUGGGAGCGGCCUUUGUCAAUCUGAGAUAUGAACAAAUGGAGAGGAUGACCAACAUCGCCGAGGGCGUUAGCAAAGGGUACUUUGAGAACGUUUACUUCGAUGUGUUGGAGUGUCUCGAUUCGAUGGAGGAGCCAGGCCCUUUGACUGAACAAGUCUGA